AUGAUCAAGGCGUCAGUCAUGACAUACCCCCAUCAGACAUCCUUUUCUACCUGGGUCGACUCUCCCCAGACCGUCCACGAUGAGUCGCGCUUAGCCUUUAUGCCCAUCAGACGAGGCAUGUACUAUGCACAAUCCUCAGUGCCCAGGCAGCCUAUACAACAGCGGCAGGACCCUCGGCCAUGGCAGCCAUUGUUCCGUUCCAGCCCGUACAUAGGGUUCGUUGAAGGCUCUCAAGCCCCAAUUGCUCAUAUUCCCCCUGGACUAGCCCCUAAUCUUCCUUCGUCUGUACUUCGGCGGUCCUUGUUCGACGAUCCUGCUUUCUCGGUCGACCCCUCUUCCAAUCCCAAUCACUGGCAGCGUCUACCUCCUCCCCCGCUUCCGCCUAACAAGCCGUCGUUCGUCCCUGUCGCCGAGGAUUCUCCCCGCGAUUCUACCUUCCAUAAACGUGCAUCGUCGGAAGGUGCACUCGCGCAGAAUCUUGGAGAUCAUCGUAGGCAGACACAAACCAUGCCUGACCGUCAACUUAAGGCUCUCUCUGCCACAGACCCUGAUCUAGAUCCCGAUCCACAGGACUCAGGGAGCAUGAAGCCUCAAUUCGCAACUCCGUCUACUUCCCCUUUGGCUGCUCAAUUUGCGACUGUAUACAUUUCCCCUAGUUCUGGUUCCUCAUCUCAGUCAUCGUCAGACUCAUCAGAAGCAUCCGGGCCGUCUGCUAAGGAGGUUGCUGCUCGGUCGCAGCGAUCCAUCCGCCGCAAGUCUUCGCAUCGCAAACCCCCUCCUAGCUAUGAUGAAUCAAUCGAUGCACAUGCAGAGUCCUCAGAAGUUCAUGCUCAGCCAUCUGCUGCAGAUCAAAAACCUCCCCUCGUUGUGCUUUCCUACGACCCACAAGAAAAUCAAGAGCAACUGACGCUGAGGCCGAAGAGGGCAUCUGGUACCGCACUGCCUGCUGAUUUGGACCGUAUCGAUGAAUUGGACGAGACGGAUCCCACGGGGUUAGGUUUCCACCACAAGGGUCCGUACGACCUCAUAGCCGCAACUGUUGGUCCACACGCGCCCGCCAGUGGACCUCACCAGACGAGCGACACGAGAGAUUCGCGUCAUCCGAUUGGAGGACACAAUGCCAAUGCUGAAACACCGCGGAAGUCGUCUAAAAGACGCAAAGAUGUGCCUUCCCCCGAGCGUAGCGCGAAUCCUUUGGCUUUGAAUCUUAAACCUGGCCAGAUACUCCCUCCUACCAUUUUCAAUCCCUCACCGACCUCCCCAUCUUUCCCUAUGACGCGCGCUCCAGCUACAUAUCCUCCAGAUCAUUACCUACAAACCGCAAAUGUAGAUACAAAUGCACAGCCCACUAAUGGACACGGCACCACCGCCCCACCGCCCUCCCCCCUUCGACGGAAUUACACUCUUCCAGUCUCUCUUCCCCGAGUUGCACCCGAGCAAUCUCCUAAUCCAUAUGUUCCCGAUAUCCCUCCAUCAUCCUCUAGGUCAUCUCCCUCAAGAGUGUCUCCGCGUUCUGGGCAACCUCCGGCGGCUUCGCACUUAGGACGGCAGGUCCCUGUGGAGAGUAUGCACACACUCCCAACGCCUUCUCCUUCUCCUCGUCCGCGCGCGGCUCCGGUCUAUCAUCCUGGCCCAGCCGAACAAGCACUUGGGAAUCACUCUCAUUACUUUGUCGCUCCGAGCCCUCCCAUGCCUCCGCGUCCACUGCGGUCGAAUACAGCUCCCGAGCCACGACGUCCCUAUCCAGAGAAUGGAUACCGUGGCAAUGCACUUGACGGUAUCCACCAAGAUGGCCCUACUCGAACAGCCCGCCGGCAAGCAGUAAUAUAUGGUGGCCCGCCUUCAAUCCAUGCCCCUCCACCUCGUCAGUUUGUUCAAUCACCUCGCCCAACACAAGCGCAUGAAAACAUCAUGCCGGGGCGUCAUGCCACGCCCUCUCCGGCUCCCAUUGAGCCAGAACACUCAUCCCGGGAGGCGCGCCGACAUGCAUCUCUCUACGUAUCUCGAAACCCACGACCUGAACCUGCGCCUUCACUUCCCACCUACGAGAACGGAGCAACUCUUCCAUACAUGCCACCCACGGAACUGAUCGCGGCCCUGAAGCAAGCCGACCUUCCGUUACCUGGAGGCCCUCCACCCGAAAUCAAUCUUCCUCCCCCCUCUAUCGCCUCUUCCUCCUCGUCGCAACAGCACUCGGCACCUCGGCAUGUACCAAAACGCCUCGUGAUGCCCGCGCCCCUCGCCCCCCAACCGACCAAUGUGAAUCCGGACGCGCAGUUUGACCCAUACGUCGUCAUCGACAAACCGAAAUCGACUCCGCGCCGUACAAAGUUCCGUGGAAAGUUGGAGGUCAGGUUCGAGUCGCCCCCGCCCAUGACUGCUCAAACGAUGCCGAUGACACCCGGGGGCAAGAAUCUUUUGAGAAAGAAGAGUGCACCUGUAAUCCCACAUCCACCUCAUCAUCAGCCCCAGGCUUCUGAGUCGCCGCCGCCGCUUCCGCCUCCACCGCCACCCCCACUUGAACCCCAGAAGGUGCAGCACACUGGCGUACUGUCUCUGUUCGGGUUUGGUAAAGGGGUGAAGAGAACAGAGAUCCGCGAAGUGAAGGAUAUCAGAGAGGUGAGAGAUGCUAGGGACGACAAGCAGAAGGCGCAAAGGAAGUUGAGCAGGAAGCGGUGA